AUGGGUGUUUCUCCGGCUUUUUUACAAACUCAGUGUGACGGCCCAUUGGGAUUAUAUGUAUCUGUUUUUCUCUUUGUCCUGAAAGGUGCGCAGGUGGAGCAGAGUCCUCCAUCGCUGAGUCUCCAGGAGGGAAAAAACUUCACUCUGAAGUGCAACACCUCUAUGAGCGUGCAAGGUGUGCAGUGGUUCCAACAGAAGCCCGGGGGCAGCCUGGUCACCCUGUUUUACACAGCUUCAGAGACUCCGAAGCAUAAGGGAAGGCGAAGCACCAUAUUGCAUUUUAAUGAUAAGAACAGCAGCCUGCUCAUCGUGGACUCCCAGCUGGAGGAUUCAGGCACCUACUUUUGUGCUAUGCAGGCACAGUGCUCCAGGUUCAUGGAAGAAUCCAAAAUUAAAAGAAUGGGUGUUGGGUGGUGUGGGUCCGCUAAUCCUAAGCGGCCUGUUGGGCCAGCAUCUUGCUACCUGCAGUUCUGCAUUCCUGUGCAAGAAUUACCUCAGGACUUGUCGGAGACUCUUUGUCCCGAAUCACGGAUUGUUGGGGGGCAGAACAGGCAGGGUUUCAAGGUGGAAACGGUGUCAGCGAGCGGAGAUUCCUAUGAAAGGGGAACAGGGAAAAAAAGGGAGUGGCUCAGAGUCUGCAUCGGUGACGACCCGCUGGGAUCAGAGUGUCUGUCCUCUUUCCACCCAGGCGUGAGAGGGCUGCAGGUGGAGCAGAGUCCUACUUUCCUGAGUCUCCAGGAGGGAAAAAAUGCCACCCUGAUAUGCAACUUUUCUACCACCGUGACACAAGUGCAGUGGUUCCGACAGAAGCCCGGGGGCAGCCUGGUCACUCUGUUUUACAUAACUUCAGAGACUCCGAAGCAGGAGGGAAGGUUAAUCACCACACUGAAAUUUAAGGAUACGGAUACGGAUAAGGAUAAGUACAGCACCCUGAACAUCACCGGCUCCCAGCUGGAGGACUCAGCCACCUACCUGUGUGCGGGGAGGCACAGUGCAGUGCUCAGGGGUGUGAGAGGACUGCAGGUGGAGCAGAAUCCUUCAGUCUUGAAUCUCCAGGAGGGAGAAAACACCACCCUGAGUUGCAAAUUUCCUAACACCGUGAGCUAUGUGCAGUGGUUCCGACAGAAACCCAGGGGCAGCCCGGUCACCUUGUUUUACAUAACUUCAGUGACUCCAAAGCAGGAGGGAAGGUUAAGUGCCGCACUGCACACUGAGGAUAAGGAUAAGUACAGCACCCUGUACAUCGCGGGCUCCCAGCUGGAGGACUCAGCCACCUACCUGUGUGCGGGGAGGCACAGUGCUCAGGGGUGA